AUGGAAUAUGGAAAGGCGUACGUCUUCCAGCCGAGCGACAUACGACCUGCGAAACGACGCCGCGUUGAUACGCAAGGCUUGCAGGCUUCUUGGCGGCGAAGACGCGAGGCGUACACGAAAGCGUGGCAGGCGCAGCAACGAGCCAUUGACGAACGCUUGAGCAGCAUCAAUGCUGCGACAGUCUCUGAGGUCUCUGCCUUCUUGGACGAAGCGAUCAGCAGCCCGCAGUCCGAGCGCAUACCUACCGGCGUCAUUCUAGCUGGCUACGGCGUCAAUUCGCACAGCAGUAUCGUAUCGCAGCUGGCCCGCAGAAAGAGUGCCGACGAGGAUGGACGACAGAUCUACGUGACUCUGACUUCGGCCUAUGGAGCUAACCUCAAGGCAUUACUUAAGUCACUCAUACAACGAGCGCUCCGACGCCAGACAGGACUGGACGACGAUGAAGAGGAUCCGCCGACUGCUACUGCUCGGAGGGGACCACGAUUGCUCAACUACGACCUCCAAUUACUGCAUGACUACGUACGCGAGCACAAGCUCCAACAAAUCGUAGUGGCUUUCGAAGACACGGAAGCGUUUGACAGUGAUCUGCUGUCCGAGCUGAUCGAGAUGCUGGGCUGCUGGCACGGUCGCAUACCUUUCGCCUUCCUUUUCAACAUCGCUACGUCGAUCGACUUCCUGCAACAACGACUCGCCAGAGCCGCGAUCAAAUGCCUAGAUGGCCGACUCUUCGACCUUGCACCUGCGGGCGAAGCAGUUGAGGCAGUCUUUGAUGCGCUGAUGAGCUCUGGCGCGCCCUUGUGGCUGGGGCCAAGUGUGAUGAGCAUCUUGCUUGAACGUCAGGGCGACUACAUACAGAGCAUUGACGGCUUCGUAGAUGCUGUACGAUACGCUUACAUGUCUGCCUACUACGCUAAUGCUUCGACCCAGUGCCUGGAGUCGUCCGAGAAUCUACCGGACGACCAUUGCGAGGCGCUGCGCAACCUUGAGUCUUUCCGCGCCUAUGCGCAACAGAUGCUAGAAAACAAGGAGCUGCUGCGGCUGAAAGACUGCCUGGAGUCGAACCAGAGCCUUGCGGCAGUCACCUCGUUGCGGAUUACGGAAGGUCAGCGCAAGCUCAAUGACAUGAUGUCUGCUCUAUCAACUCUCCGCAAGAUUCAGGAAGUCCUGCCGAACAUGUCCGUCUCGCCGCGGUCGUCUUUGUACGUGCAGGCUAUGUCCGGAAAGCUACACGGUUCGACUCUUCUACGGAUGCUUCUAUUAACCAUCAGGAAGAUGCCGUCGCAUGUCACUGUGCGCCUGCUGGAAGCUAUCUUGGCGGCAGACUCACUUGACACUUAUGCCCAGGGCGUGUGCAGGCAGCUUUUAGGGGAGUUGAAUGAGAUUCUAGGGUCACGGAACGACCCAACACAGCCUCUACGUAGCGAAGAUGAUGUGCAGAACUCGACCCUACGAACGACUGUAGUGGCACAGAAAGUAGAGUUGAGCAAACACAAGGCCGCGCUGUCCGAUCAAGACAAAGCGUACACCCAGGUGCUGGGCCGUCUAAGUGAGGUCCUGGAGAGUUACUUCGAAGAGACUCUCGUCAAUCCGAAGGAUCUCCCCUUUCACGAAGUCUUCGUCUACGACCUCAAAUCACCUCAUCGCGAAGUCUUCAUGCCGAGGCCGCGGCAUGCCAUCGAGCGAGCGCUUGCUUCGCCGCACGACUACCUUGACUGCGAGUGCUGCGAACCCGAUCGCGGCGAGCGCGAUGAGGCUACGUUAUCAGCGACGCAGCCUGCAACUGCUGUGCUGUACCAACUCUAUCUGGAGUCCGGCAGCUUGAUCAACGCUAGUGAUCUUUGGCAGGCUUUCCAGGCGGUGAUUGGAGAUGAAAGGGAUGAAUCACAGACAAUGGCGCACUUCCAGCGGGCCUUGGCAGAGCUCAAAUACCUUGGUUUUGUCAAGCAGACGCGCAAACGGGUGGAUCACAUUGCGAAGGUCAUGUGGCGAGGCUUGUAG